ACGUCGGCGCGAUGUCUCCGGUGCUGUCGAAGCCCAAUUCGGGGCCGCUGUCGCGGAGGCUGCACGCGCGCUACCUGCUGCGCCUGUAUCCGGUAUCCCGAGGAAGUCCGGCGCAGGAGACGCACCGCGAUCCUGAGCCACUUUCCCGGCGGAGGACGCCGGAGACACUCCCUGCCCAGACGGGGCCGGGCCGGGGUACCUGCUCCCGGCUUGGAAUUCGACCCGAAGGAGGCGCGCUCUGGGCCGGCCCCGAGGCGGCUGCCGCGCACGCCUCUCGGGGAGCGUGCUUUGGAUCGGGCCCGCGCCCCGAGAGGCCUCGACGAAGGCGCCGGACCUGUCGGGUUCGGAGGGUCUCCUGCGCGCUGAGCAGUUUUAUUAGCCGAACCCCGGGAGCAGCUGCGUUUCGAAGCAAAAAGGACGAGCAGGCUUUCGCAUCCUUGCGAAAGGGGCGCCCCUCUCCUUGCGAGUCUCCAGGCCGCGCUUCCCCUCCUGGGACCGAGCGCCCGCCGUGUUUUAUUUCAUCUCACUUCCCUCCGGGGACCCGAGGCAGGACCCCGUUCUUCCUGUCCGCACGUGCCUUCUUGUCAGCUCUAGGGAGCCUCCUGUCCCAGGUCAUUGGGAGGAGCCAGAAAAAGAGGAGCUUCGACUGGCAGGAACCCCUGCAGUUUGCUGUCUAUGGGUUUUUGUUCACUGGACCCCAUAGUCAUUAUUUCUACCUACACUUGGAGCAACGGAUUCCUUCAGAUGCCUCUUUUGCUCUCCUCAGAUGUCUGCUGGUGGACCAUCUCAUUGUCUCCCCGGUCUUUGUGGCCCUCUUUUUCCUAGUCAUGAACGUUUUGGAGGGGAAGGGCAUGUCUGCAUUCUCCAGAAAGAUGAAGUCUGGUUACUGGGCAGCCCUAAAGAUGAACUGGAAGGUGUGGACCCCCGUCCAGGUUAUUAACUUCACCUAUGUUCCUUUGCAGUUCCAGGUGCUCUUUGGAAACUUCAUUGCCCUCUUGUGGUUUGCAUACUUGGCAUCCAUCAAGAAGUGACAACGUAGAAGCUGUGGAUCUGGCACGGCAAAAGAGGUGGCCGUGGCUGUCCCAUAGGGCCGUGGAAGGAAGGAGCAGAGGAGGGUGGCUGGGAGCCUGACGGCCCUUUCCCUCCCUUGCAAGUUGCACUUUUGCCCCAUCCUGCACUUCCGGGCCUGGGAGAAGGGGCUUCAUUCAGCACUCCCACCCAUGACUGUCACAACUAACAAGGCCAUUUUAUUCUCUCUCGGUUUUUUUUUUCUGGGGUGACUGCAGGCAAGAUCUUUCUAUCUUUUCUCCUAUGGUGCUGAAUGGUAAUAGUUAAUCUGUGGACUGGGAUCAGAGCAGGCCAUAAAUAUGUGUGUGCCUGGUUUUCUGAGCAAUAAACAUAAUGAGAACAAUCUUUUGAAUUAA